AUGGGGGACUCAGACAUGGGGGACUCAGACAGGGGGAGUCAGACAUGGGGGGACUCAGACAGGGGGAAGUCAGACAGGGGGACUCAGACUUGGGGGACUCAGACAGGGGGACUCAGACAGGGGGACUCAGACAGGGGGGACUCAGACAGGGGAGAACUCAGAUGGGGGUCAGACCAGGGGAACUCAGACCGGGAGGAACUCAUCCCCCAGGAACUCCCCAGGAACCCAUCCCCCAGGAACUCCCCAAGAACCCAUCCCCCAGGAACCCAUCCCCCAGGAACCCAUCCCCCAGGAACUCCCCAAGAACCCAUCCCCCAGGAACUCCCCAGGAACCCAUCCCCCCAGGAACUCCCCAGGGACCCAUCCCCCCAGGGACCCAUCCCCCAGGAACUCCCCAGGAACCCAUCCCCCCAGGAACUCCCCAGGAACCCAUCCCCCCAGGAACUCCCCAGGAACCCAUCCCCCCAGGAACCCAUCCCUCCAGGAACUCCUCAGGAGCCCAUCCCCCCCAGGAACCCAUCCCCCAGGGACCAAUCCCUCCAGGAACCCAUCCCCCAGGAACCCAUCCCCCAGGAACCCAUCCCCCAGGAACCCAUCCCCCCAGGAACCCAUCCCCCCAGGGACCAAUCCCUCCAGGAACCCAUCCCCCCAGGAAUUCCCAGGAACCCACCCGCCCAGGGACCCAUCCCUCCAGGAACUCCCCAGGAACCCAUCCCCCCAGGGACCAUCCCUCCAGGAACCCAUCCCCCCAGGAACUCCCCAGCAGAGAGAGCCAGGUGA